AGGGUACUUAUUGUAAUGCUGAUGGAGAUAUGCCAAUUCGGUCAAUCCAGAAAGAUCAACGAUAUAUAGCUGGCUAUCCUUCCACUCGAUGUGACGUUGAGCGGACAGGAGGUUCAACGUGUCGUCGUUUAGCGCUCACAAUCGUAUAUAGCGCGCUGUGUUUAUAGAAAUUUGAUUUGAUGCUCCAAGAAUGAUACGUAGGGUGGCCCCUAGCACAGAAAGAAACUUCGCAGAUCACCCCCACACCCGCCACGCAUCAACAAGUGCAAGCAUUUCGUGGCGGAGACAUGUUCCCAACAUGUCCAUCCAGGCAGGUCUCACCAAAGGCUCUACUUCACUCACUCGGAGAGUCGCACCCGUCACUUUCUACAUCCCAAAGACUCGCGCGUCGUGCCCUCCUGAACUCGGACCAACGACGUCAGCGGACUCGCCUCGUUCGCCUCGCUUUCGAUCGGCUCGUUCGCGUCCGGAGCCCUGUCCCGGCCCGAUGCGUCCCGGUCCGGACGCCGUGUGUCCGGAGAUGUGAUCUUCCGGAGAAGAUCCGAUGCCUAACAGCCAUUCCGAUGGCUUUUCAGGACGUCAUUCACAAGGAGGACAGCCCAUGGGAGUCCGUGCCAAGCGUUUAUCGCCUGCGCGGUGGGUAUGACAUUUUGUUGGCCUUGGAUUAUAUUCAUCAGCAGGGAGUCCUGCACCGUGAUAUCAAGUCGGGGAACGCUUUCCUCCACACUCCCAUCGUGGAGGGCGAAGCGCUGCCCACCGUCAAAGUCGGCGACAUGGGCUUCGCCCGGCCCUUGAGCGAUUACGAUGCGAUGACGCAGGGGGUCGGGACCUUGCGCUAUAUGGCACCAGAGGUUCUGAACUCGGGUGAGUACAAUGUGACGGCAGACAUGUUCUCCUUCAGUAUUUUGCUGCAUGAGCUAAUGUCAGGAAAUAUUCCCUUCCAAAGCCGCAAUGAAGCAUCCCUUUGCCUGGCCAUUUUGGGUGGACACCGUCCACCCUAUGAAGAGCUCUUUGUCGACACGAGCCUCAGUGAAGAGCAGAUUGGAGUGGUCUGGGCCCUCAUGGAGGCUUGGGCAGCGAGCCGAGAUCGUUCCUGGCUUGUUGGCAAGAAGAUGCUGAUGAGAGGACACUGGGAGCUUUCGGAGACGUCAAAAGUCCGACAAUGGAACCGAGAAAUGGUCGACUUGAGCCCUCAGUUGAGAUAUCUUGAGUUUUUGGAGGUCCUGGAAAGGGCCAAUGACCAGGUCUUCGGCUUUUGGUUGCUGGAGGAAGCGGAGAAGGCCCGCAGCGAUGCGAAGAAGCCGCGGAUUGGACCACUGGAGGAGAGCCAUGCCCUCUCCUCGGUCCGCGCCUUCCUCGCGCAGAACGCGGUCGACUGCGGGGCCAGCAGGGCCAGCGGCCCGUCAUGCGAUCCGGAGAUCGUGGCCGUGCCUGAUGUGCCGGAAGUGUUGAUUCCUCCGGCGAACUCUGGCUCGGAUGAUGAGGAAGAGGAGGAGGUGAAGGAGGACUUGGCGGUCCAGAUGGACGUCGGCCUCGGAGUGAUGGAGGUGCUGGGCUCGACAGCGCCGCUGGAGCAGCGCGGUGUCCCUGAAGCACAUGGUCAUCUCCAGGAACCAGAAGAGCCUUUGGUACAGGAGACCUUCCUGCACCCAGAUGUGAGGGUGACAGGAUAUGACCGGAUCAAAAUGAAUGCUUUGAGCCAUCCCCGCAUUUUUGGUAGGAUGAUCGUCUAUGUUCACACACGAUUCCUGGCGUAG